AUGAGUUCAAUUAAUUAAAAAUUGUCAAAAUUUAAUAAUGGUUUGAAUUAAGUUAAUAUAGAUGAAACAUAAAAAAUAAAAGAUAUACUUAAAUUAAUUUUAAAAAGCAAAAUAUAUGAUAUUUUUAUUAUUAUUUUGAUUAUUAUUUUUAUUUGUGUUAUGUUUAGUUAUUUUGCUUUAGAAAAUUAAUAAAAUGAAAAUAAUUAAUAGAUAACAUAUACCCUUAAAAUGUUUGAAUUUAUAGAAUUAAGUUUACUUUUAUUAUUUUUAACUGAAAUUUUAAUAAAUAUAUAUGUUUAUUCAUUUAAAAUUUACUUUAGUGAUUUAAUGUAUGUUUUAGAUUUUAUUAUAAUAAUUUUUUCUAUAAUAAUGCUAAUUAUAGAUAUUAUUUUACUAAAUUAAAACUUCAAAAAAAUAACCAAGAUUUUAAGAGGGAUUUUUAGAUUUUUACGUUUGUUUUUAAUUUUUAGGAAAAAUAAAAAAAAUAAAAAAAUACAUUCUUAAAUAAAAGCUCCAAUAGAGGAUGUUUUAGAAAUACUGAAAAACUCUAAAUAAAAUAUUGAAGAUGAAAAUAUUAAAUAAAAAAUAAAUUGGUGUAUUAAAACUAUUUCUAAAGGCAAUAUUUAUGAACCAAUAUUAAAAAAUAAAGACGCUAAAAAUUGGCGUGACUUUUAUUAAUAAAAAGUAUAAAAAAAACCAUCUUAGAAAUUAGAAUAAGUGAAAAAUAUCAAAUAAAAAUUUAAUUAAAUUUAAAUACCAAAAGAAUUGGAAAUUUCUUUUGUAAAAAUUGAAGAUGAAAAUUUUAAUGUUUUUGAUUUUUUCGAUAAAAACGAUAAGGAAAAUUUGCCUUUUUUAUUAAUUUUUUUAUUUGGGAAAUUCCGUAUUUUUGAUUAAGAAAAUUUCGAUCCUUUUUUUUUAUUUAAUUGGGCAUCUAAUAUAGAAAAUGGAUAUUUAAAAAACCCUUAUCAUAAUAAAAUACAUGCUUUUGAUGUUUUAAUGACUAUACAUAUUUAUCUUGAAAAAAAAGAAUUUGCCUAAAUUACUUAAUUAAAUUCUUUAGAAAUAGCUUAAAUUUAUAUUGCUGCAGCUGCACAUGAUUACGGGCAUCCUGGGUAAAAUAACACUUUCUUGAUAAAUAGCUUACAUUAAUUAGCUAUUUAAUAUAAUGAUUAGUCUCCUUUAGAAAAUUAUCAUGCUUAUUAGUCAUUCCAGAUAAUGAAAAAAGAAAAUUGUAAUAUAUUUUAAGGAUUUUAGAAAGAAAGCUUUAUAAAAUGCCGAGAGAAUAUAAUAAAUAUGAUUCUACAUACUGACGCUUUCCAUCAUUUCGAAGAUUUAGGAAAAUUUAAAAGUCGAAUAAAUUCUAUAGAUUUUGACCCUAUUAAUAAAGAUAAAUAAUUAUGUAUGUUUUUUCUUCUGCAUUCUGCUGAUAUUUCUAAUGUAACUAAACCUUGGAUUUUAUGUAAAAAUUGGGCUGAAAGAGUUAUGGAGGAAUUUUGGAUAUAAGGAGAUGUUGAGAAAAGUAAUAACCUUAAUGUAAGCUUUUUAUGUGAUAGAUAUAGUACUAAUGUUAGUAAAAGUCAAAUCGCUUUUAUUGAUUUUAUCGCUGGACCUUAAUUUGAUGCUUUAUAAAUUCUUUUGCCGAAAAUAGAUUAUUAAAUUAAGUGUAUUUAAGAUAAUAAAAUCAAAUGGAAAGCUUUAGAAGAUUUUUAUGAAAAACAAUUAAAAUAAUAAAAUAAAAUUUGA